UCGGGCAAAAGGGCCUCGGCGGGUGACGAGUGUCAUUGCCCUCGUCUCAUAGCUGUGCACAGCGCGAGUCCUGGUUCUCAGUGGAAGGAGGAAGGGGCUCCCAAUAUAUCGUCGAAGGAGCCUGCUUCGGGACAGAGCACUGGAUCCAGCGGGCCCGGCUGGAGCUCCACAUGACAAAGUUCAUUGACGAACGUGUACUGCUGAUGAGGUCAUGCGGACUUUGCGAGAAUUGUUUGUUCCCUUCGCCGCUUUUUCGCAGCGGGGCACGACGUCGAGUCGCAUGCUUGACAAUACCAGUGUGCGGAUCAUACAGGUAUAAUCUCCGACGAACCUCACGUCGUGUGCUGUCUGCUGGAUUCUGUCCGCGGGCUUGGCGUGGCCCCAGACUCAUGAAAAGGUCAACUUAGCAGCACAGCUUGACUCUCUACUCCACACAGCACCAUCUACUCAAGACACGAUGAGCAACAACAUGACAGAGGCAACCGCGGUGGCCCAACCGGUACCACAAGCAGGCAGCGGAGACGCGGGCGUUGGCAGCCACUUGAAUGGCGGCGUUGGCGGUGACAAUGGCGGUGGCGUCGGCACCAACGAGCCUCACGCGCCUUCGGCUCCCAUCAGCGGCAAGGAGGCCAAGACGUACACGAAGCUGCUGGAGCGGGAGGGCAAGAACGACGACAAGGAACUGUCCAGCGCGCUCAAGUCGGCCGCGUCCGAGGAAAAGGCGAUGCGCAAGGCGCAAAAGGCCGAGGCCCAGUCCAUCAAGCGACACCAGAAAGCAGUCAAGGAGGAGCACAAGGCGAGCAAAGCCCUGAUCCGUGCGAAAGAGGCCCAGGAAAAGGCGGCAGCCGCGCUGCAAAAGGCAAAGGAGGAGAUGGACAUCAAGAAGAACCACACAUCGUCGGUCACCAAGUCGUACGACAACGUCAAGGCCAAGAUUGAUGAGCACCGCAACGCCAAGAUCGCAAACGACAAGGACCGCGCGCGACGGCAGGCCAGCAUGGGCCAUACCCAUGAUUCUAAGUGGCUGCGCGUGCAGGUCUCCUCCACCCAUCAAUCGACCCAAGCCAUGUCGACGUCCCUCCGGCUUCUCUGCCGAGGCCAGGCCUCACCGAGAGGCUGGCGCUCGCCACCGCCGCUGAGUACGCGACUCCUGCGCGUCGGUGGAGCACCGAGACGUGCUCUGCAAACGGCCGGAGCCGCAGCGGGAGCGGCGGGCGUGGGCGACGACGCGAGGGUCGCUCUCUACUCGAUGGGACAGCGCGCCUUUACGCGUGCGGGAAGCCUGCAGGCCCUGACGAGCGGGCGGCCGCUGGACCAGCUCCUUGCAGACCAGUCGUCGCCUGCGUGGUGGCUCAGCAUCAGACAGCCAACAGAGACCGAGACAAAGGCGCUGGGCGCCGCACUUUCGGUGCACCCGCUCACCACCGAGGACAUCCUCGCCGGCGAGACGCGCGAGAAGCUCGACAUCUUCGACAACUACUCGUUCAUCUCCUACCGCGCCUUUGACCCAAACCCGAGCAGCGCCACAUACCUCGUGGCCGCCAACAUGUACCUGCUCGUCUUUGCGCGCGGCAUCGUCUCGCUCCACGCCUCGCCUGCGCGUGGGCCGGUCGGCGUGGAGCGCCGGCUGGAGCGCAUUAAAAAGGCAGUCUCGCCGCAGUGGUUCGCCUAUGCGCUGAUCGACGACGUCACCGACGCCUUUGUCCCCGCCCUGGGCCCGAUCCAGACGAGGAUCGAGACGCUGGACAGCGAUGCCCACUCGCUCUCGUCGGCCGAAGCGGCGGCCAUCGAGGCGCCGCUGCUGCGCGACAUGGGCGGCGCACGGCGCGACGUGGUGCGUGCGCGCCGGCUGCUGGGCCAAAAGGCCGACGUCGUCAAGGCCCUCGCCAAGCGGCACGGCGCCCGGUCCGCCCAGGCGCAGGACAGCGCCCACGCCUCGGAGGUGGCCCUGCACCUGUCCGACAUCGAGGACCACCUCGUGACUGCCGCACAGGACAUUGCCCACAUGGAGGUGCCUAUCUUUCUUCCUUCCCCUUGGGAGACGCUGGCGCACGUCGAGAGCAACUGCCUGGCGGCGAUGAACACGCAGAUGGCACGUGCGAGCCAGGAGUCCAACGAGGCCAUCUCCAAGCUCACGGUGCUCAGCACGGUGCUGCUGCCGCUCAAUGUCAUCACGGGCCUCUGGGGCAUGAAUGUGGUCGUGCCCGGCCAGGGCGCCGAGGGGCUGCACUGGUUUGGGGGGCUCGCGGCUCUCAUGGCCGUCGUGGCCAGCAGCGGCUACUGGUGGGCAACGCGCUUCAUGCGCAGGCGCCGGCGGGCUUGAUCUUCAGAGGCAGAGGCACAAAUCGUGAAAACAGUCUUUCUAUUGGACAGUAUGGGACUGAGUAAGAUUUUAGAUUGGAUUGGACUGGACCAAAUUGGAUUGAAGUGAGGUGAGAUGGAAUGGGAGCAGCAUGACGGGAGCAUCGUCGACUGAGAUGAGACUGCCACGUGCAUUCAUUCACGCCGACGUCUGUGGAGUCGCAUACACGCCCACCUCGACCCAGUUGCUGUACGUCUCUCCCUGUCGCAGCACCGUGUCCCGGCCAC